UCUACUUCUUGAAAAAAUAUACUGUAAACCCUUUUCAAGAUCAAGAAACCAAUGACUAUGACCAUGAUUAACGCCCUCCGUCGUUACCUUCUUCCUUGUUUCUCCCCAAUAGAAGUCACAUCCUCCUCCUCCGCCGCCGUUUCAUCCUCCGGCGCCGGCAAGAAACGCCUCAGCACCUCUCUCCGAGAUGACAUCAUCGAAAGCACAAGAAACUCCGCCGCCGCCGACGGCGGCGAUUCCCCAUCCGCCUCCGAACUCGCAGCGCCGACCGUCGUCGCUCCGGCAAGACCCUCAAGGACUAUGGUCAUCGGAACUAUCUUCGGCCGGCGUCGGGGGCAUGUCUGGUUUUCCGUUCAACUCGACCGGGUUCAAAAACGUCCGGCUCUACUUUUAGAAUUUCCGAUCCCGACCCAUAUUCUUGUAAGAGAAAUGCGGUGCGGGUUGGUUCGGAUUGCGUUGGAAUCUGAUACUAAUCAGUCGGAUAUGGAUAUCGGGUCGUGUCCACUUCAUUCGGUUCCUGUUUGGGCGAUGUUUUGUAAUGGUAGACAACUUGGGUUUGCGGUUCGGAGGAAGGCUACGGAUAAGACCCGGAUGUUGUUGAAGACUAUGCAGUCGAUUACUGUUGGAGCGGGUGUAAUACCAGCGGGAAUCGGGUGCGGGUCGGCUGAAGAUGUUGAUAGUGAGAUUAUUUACAUGAGGGCAAACUAUGAAUGUAUUGUGGGUGGACCCGAUUCGGAAUCGUUUCAUUUGAUUAACCCGGAUGAGUGUCCGGGUCAAGAGCUUAGUAUCUUCUUGAUGAGGGUUAGGUAA